AUGGCUUCAGCAGAUACACAAGAACCAGCCGAAACGUCGGCGUUACCGGACUAUGUUUUGGACGCCGACGCGGUGCUCAAGGACGCCAACAUCAUCUGGCGGUAUGGGAAAGCACCCGAUUACUCGCGAACGCGGCAGAUGUGGGUCGAGACCAAAAGCCAGUCCCACCCCGCACAAAGCCUGCCGGACCUGGUCGAGAAGCUGGUCAAGAACUGGGAGAUCGAGGCGAGCCACAAGCUGGACCUGGCCGACUGGCGCACCAUCGAUGGGGAGGCCAACUACACCGUCUCGGUCAACGGCGGCCCCCCGAUGUCGGCCCAGCACAUGGUCAACGUCGGCACCUACAACGCCCUGAUUUCCCCAUCCGAGUUUUACUGUCCCGCGCGCGCCAGCUUUGACGACAGCCACAAGACAUUCAAAUCCAUGAUGCCUACCUUCGCGUGGGAGGUGCUGGAUGUGUAUAGCGGCCCGCCGAAGGUGGCGUUUAAGUGGCGGCAUUGGGGGGAGAUGAAGGGGGAUUAUGUUGGGGUUAAUGACAAAGGAGAGACGGUCACGAUCAAGGCGCAUGGGGGCCGCUUGGAAAUUCAGGGGGUGGCGGCAGCAGAGGUGAACGAGAAGCUGCAGCUGCAAAAGGUCGAGAUUUUCUUCGACCCACAAGCCUUGUUCAGGCAAAUGGCGCCCGAUGGGAAGACCGGUGUGAGCAAAGUCAAGGCCGAGGCGUAA